UUGUAAAAUUACGAUUGUGCCACUGGUGUGGUUUCGUUUUGCACUUCUUCGGUUUCUCCGUCUGCUUCCGUCUCUAAAUAGCUGGUCACGCAUUCCGCCAUCGAAUCAUCUCAUAGGAGCUCCGUUGAUCUCGCCUACAAUGACGUCCUCGGUGUUCUCGCACUCUGUUUUCUCCGCCCAGAGAUGUUCUUCGCCGUCGCCGAUGUGUAGGAACGGCGCCGCCGGGAAUGUGCUGCCUUUUAAUGUUUCUGUCAAGCACUCGGUUAAUUCGAGUGGAUCUCUUGCCCUUUCGAUUCAUUCCAGCAAGGCGGGGAAAAGUUUUGUCUCCAAGUGCACUUCCGACGGCUCCUCGUCGGAGACACCGAUUGAAUUGAAGUACCCCCCGUUUCCGACGGUCAUGGACAUUAAUCAGAUUCGCGAGAUUUUGCCUCACCGAUUCCCCUUUUUGCUAGUGGAUAGAGUGAUUGAAUAUACUCCGGGUGUGACUGCGGUUGGAAUCAAGAAUGUGACCAUAAAUGAUAAUUUCUUUCCUGGUCAUUUUCCAGAAAGACCGAUCAUGCCUGGAGUGCUCAUGGUUGAGGCAAUGGCCCAGGUUGGAGGAUUGGUCAUGCUGCAGCCAGAAGUGGGAGGCUCACGUGAAAAUUUCUUCUUUGCUGGAGUCGAUAAAGUAAGAUUCAGGAGGCCAGUUAUCGCAGGAGACACCUUGGUAAUGAGAAUGAACCUUGUCAAGCUCCAGAAACGCUUUGGAAUAGCAAAGAUGGAAGGAAAAGCAUACGUAGGUGGCGAAGUUGCCUGUGAGGGCGAAUUCUUGAUGGCCAUGGGGAAUGAAUGAUACUCUUAACCAUGUAUUGUAUGUUGCUGUUUGACAAGCUCAGCAUCCGUCUCCUGUUUUUCCUCGAAUGAUAAUGUCAAAUUCUAAGAUCGAUCGGGUUUUUAUGUUAUUUGAUAGAAGUGAUUUGUCUUCAAACUUCCUCAGAUAAGAGGUACCCCUAUUUUGACAUGGUGUUUGGCCAUCAUGGGACAAGAAUAAAAAUCAGUGGUCUUUCCUUUUCCAGCUUUA